AUGUCUGUAAACAUUUUAAACAGCCGUGCGGAUAGCCUACAGGCUAUAGCGGCUCUUGCGACCAACAUACACGCCGCCAAGAGCUUGUUCGAUAUACUUAAAACAAAUUUAGGACCCAAAGGCACCUGCAAAAUGUUGGUAAAUGGUGCAGGUAAUAUAAAAAUUACAAAGGACGGUAGCGUCCUAUUGAGUGAAAUGAUGAUACAACAUCCUACAGCAAUGGUAUUGUGUAGAGCUGCCGCUGCCAUGGACGAAGUUACAGGCGAUGGAACCACUUCCAAUGUGUUAUUUUCCACAAGUUUGAUGAAAAACAGUGAAGAAUAUAUUCUGUAUCAGAAUGUCCACCCAAAGUUUAUCUGUGACGGCUUUGAUUUGGCCCUAAAGAAGGUGUUAGAUUCGAUUCCUGAGAUGGCCAUACCAGUAACUUUGGAUGACUCAGGCAAAGAACUUGAUUGGGAAAUCCUUGGUAGUGUUGCAAAAACCUCUGUUUGUACUAAACUUCCCGGAAACUUAGCUCUUUCAAUUGCAAAAGAAGUUGUAGAUGCAGUAAAACUAAUUUAUAGACCAGAUCAAGCCCUUGACUUGUUCAUGGUUGAAAUAUUGCAUAUGAAACAUAGAUUUGCAUCCGAAACACGGUUGGUGCGUGGUAUGGUUUUUGAUCACGGAUCCAGACAUCCAGAUAUGCCCAAGAAGCUUAAGAACUCGUAUAUAUUGACGCUCAACUGCUCACUUGAAUAUGAAAAGAGUGAAGUUCAUGCUGGAUUCUUUUAUUCUAGUGCUGAGCAGAGGCAAAAAUUGGUGAACUCAGAGCGUAAUUUCACAGAUGAAAAAGUUAGGAAAAUCAUUGAACUCAAACACAAAGUAUGUACACCAGAAAAUGGCUAUACAUUCUCAGUUUUCAAUCAAAAAGGUAUAGAUCCUCCAGCUCUAGAUAUGCUUGCCAAGGAAGGAAUUAUUGCUCUUAGAAGAGUUAAAAGGAGAAAUAUGGAACGUAUUACUCUAUGUUGCGGUGGAACACCGUGUAACAGUGUAGAAGAUCUAUCCAUAGACGACUUGGGUUUUGCGGAAGAAGUCUAUGAACAAAUUUUGGGUGAGGAAAAAUUCACAUUCAUAGAGGGAGUAAAGAAUCCUACGAGUUGUACAAUACUAAUUAAAGGAUCUAGUGAUUAUUCUAUAAACCAGAUCAAAGAUGCUAUCAGAGAUUGUUUGAGAGCCGUGAAAAAUGGAAUCGACGAUAAAAAGGUACUUCCUGGAGCUGGAUCAACAGAAAUCGCACUCUACAACAUUCUCAUGAAAUAUUCAAAUGAAGUCAAAGGCAAAGCAAAGUAUGGAGUUUCUGUCUUUGCUGAAAGCUUGCUGAUGAUCCCUAAAACUUUGACGGAUAAUGCCGGUUUGGAUGGUAAAGAGGUCAUUUUAGAGCUUUUGGACUUGCAAAAUGAAAGUCAGAGACAGAUUGGUGUAGAUUUGGAGACCGGAAAGUAUCUCAUUCCUGCAGCUGAAGGAAUUUGGGAUAACUAUAGUGUUAAAUUGCAAACGAUUACAAUUGCAACUACUGUAGCGCAGCAGAUGUUACUCGUAGACGAAGUUAUAAAGGCUGGAAGAUCGAUGCAUAAGAGCUAACG